AGAAAAGUGUGAGUCAUGUUUCUGAUGAGAUGAACUGUAUGAAAAGCCUUGUGUGGGCUGAGUCAGUCAAAACGGACAGAUCUGUGGCUUUUAUUUACUUGUGAUAUUCAUUCAUAUGAAUAUAUUUAGCUUAAUUCUCCAUUACAUCACACACAAUAAACUCUGUAUUUAAAGUUCACUUGUAGCUUUAUUAAAUGGAGCCAGAGAUGAUGAGCUAAUAGCCAAUCCGAUGUAAGGUCACAUCUUGCCUGAUCACUGGAGCGAGACACUCAACCCGUUGCUUGGACACGGAGCACAGUGAACGCGCCUGGGGUAACCCUAUCCAGAGAAGACACGGGGAUCGAGCUUCACUCUUCCAGCAUCUGCUGUCUAGCACUUGAGAUCGUUUUAUAGCAUUCGUGGUUUAGACAUGAGGGGAAAUCGGCAACAGCACAAUGUCCUUUUCCAUGCUGAAUUACAGGAAUGAUCGUGUGGAUAUCCAGUGAUUACUGUGGUUGUGCUCGUCGUCUAUAACACGAUGCCUAGUCUUCAAAAGAAAAUAAUAUUCUCUGUUUCUGGCGUGCUUUGCUUUGGUUGUGUUCUGGUCGUGGCGGCCGCGAUGGGGACGCAGUUUUGGGUUGAAGCGGCGGUGCUGUGCAGGACGGGCGCGCAGAUCGUCAACGCGUCCGGGGCCGAGCUCGACAAGUUCAUCGGGAGGACGAACUACGGGCUUUUCCAAGGCCAGGGGAUGAAACAGUGUGGUCUGGGAGACAGACCCUUUUAUUUCUCUUUUUUCCCUGACCUGAUGGAUGUGGUCCCAGCCAGUCUUCAUGUGAGCGUGAUCUUCUUCUGCGUGGUGCUCAUCGUCUUCUCCUCAGUGUCCUGUGCCUUCUUCUUUUACAAUGCUUUCGGGAGCCCAUAUGAGACGCUGCAUGGACCCCAGGGCCUUUACCUCUGGAACAUGAUAAGCUGUUUCUGUGCCUGCAUGAUCCUCAUCCUGUUCUCCUCAGAGGUCAAACUGCACCACCUGACCGAGACCAUUUUCAACUUCAACGAGGCCAGUUUUGUCUACAAGACGCAGAACGAGAGGUACGACAGAUCCUUCUGGCUCAUCUUCCUCACCUUCCUCAUGCACGGUCUCAACAUCUUGCUCAUCCGCCUGGCCGGGAUCCAGUUCCCCUUUCAGGAGGCCAAAGAGCCUGACGCGAGCACAGGAGCGGCGGAUCUCAUGUACUGACCAGUCCUUUGUUCUGCUGCUCCCCCCGCAGCGACUAGCACUUCUCAAUAGGAGUCUUCCCAUGAGCUGCAUCCGUUUUGUUUACAGCUGAACACAUCUGAGCCUCUUAAGCUAUUGAGACCACGUGUGGUGAUGAACUUGGAGAUGCCUGUGUGUUUGGAGAGAAGGGUUCUUAUCUCGCAGCGGGGAGGCGGGAGGGAGGCGGAUGGAGCAUUCAUUCUGUCAAUCGCUCAAACAAUUAACGCUCACCAUUUCAAACGGCUGAUGAAAACACCCUCUAGUUUCCAGUCUGGCUGGGGACAUGACAGUUUCCUUUGGUUGUGGAUCUUUUGUAAUCCAGUUGUGGCACAAAGGGAUGUGACAGUUGGCAAUUCUACAGUGACCCUAGAAAGUUUUGACACUUAAGCCACACUUAAAUAUGUAUGAAUGUCUUUGCAUUAGAUAACAAAUUGUCAAACCAAGCUUUUCAAACAGAAUAUUGCACAAAAAUAAGUGUGUUUGACUUCAUACAUCCACAAAAAAAAAACAACAACAGACGAUUAAAAGUGUUAGCGAAAAUGGCUAAAGCAAUAAAAAAAAAGUUUUCAGUACUUAAAAGGAAAUACAUAUUGAUUUAAAAAACUUGUAAUAUAUUUAAUUUCAGCUAGUUGUCAAGACAUUUCUCAUUUUAAGUAGUUUGGAGUAAAAUAACCAAAAAUGACAAAACCUAAAAUUAAAAUAAAUAAAUAAAUAAUUCACAAUAUUAACACAAAAGUGUAAUAGUAUAUCACUGAUGCAUUGGUUCAUUAUUUUGUUUUCUAAUGCAAUUGCAUUAAUCCAUUUUAUGUUUUCUUGACUUUUUAGGGCCACUGUAUAGUAAUAUUCCAAUUUCUAGUUUUAUAUAAGCCAACAUAAAAAAAUAAUAUAGUUGUAUGUCAUUGCACGCAUAUACAUCCAACUAUAGCCAUGGCUUUAGAAUAUCAGACAGAAGUAACAAUUGCUACUGAUUUAUCAAUUAUUGGAUGAUCAUGGAUUUAAUGUUGUCAUUAACUUUUCCAUGUUUAACUAAUAUGUUUUAAUCUUAUUAGAAUCGAAAUCUUAUUAUCUUUUUUUUGUGUUUCUUCAUGCAGUGCUAAUGUGCCACAUUUUUCAUUAUAUAGAUAUACAAUUUAAUAAACCAGUUUUAGGUUUGGAAACACUAAAUUAUCCUUAAAUUGAAUUUUCAAACUUCAUUUAACAAUGAAAACUAAUUGAAUAUAAGAAUAGAUCAUUUAAUUAAAAGUAAUAAAAACGCUUGUAAUGUAUUUUUAGGUAUUUGGCAUAUAGAGUGGAUCCUGACUGUUAGGUUGUAGAAUUAGAGGGGCC